UUCGCUUUCAUCUGAACAUCGUGUUUCGUGACGCUCCACAGGAAGAAUUGGAUUUUGCACUGGUUUGGUCGUUUUGUUCAGAGAAUUAACGUUUCCCCGAUAAAGCCGGUCCAGGGAUUGUUCGACGGUCGAACUCCGGUUACCAUACACAGAGGACAAAUUGGGGAUUUGUGAAGAAAAACGCGGUAACAAUGUCGAAGCGGCGUAUCGAGGUGAUGGACCCGUUCAUCAGGAAGCGAAGGGAGGAGAAAGCGGCAGCAGAAAGUUCUGCCGGAGCGAGCUCGUCAAAGGCGGACUCCGGAGGAACGUCAUCGGCGGGGUCAACUGGUCCAUCUAAGGCACUGGGCGCCACUGGAGGCGGCGACUCGAAGAAGAAUCCACUGAAUGGCAUGGCGUACUCGUCUCACUACUACAAUCUGUACAAAAAGCGCAUCACGCUACCGGUGUUCGAGUACAAGACGGAUUUUAUGCGGUUGCUGUCGGAGCAUCAGUGCAUCGUGCUCGUUGGCGAGACCGGAUCCGGAAAGACAACGCAAAUACCUCAAUGGUGCGUCGAGUUCGCGUUGGAACAGGGUUCGAAAGCGGUCGCCUGUACGCAACCUCGUAGGGUAGCGGCGAUGUCGGUGGCCCAGCGUGUGUCAGAGGAAAUGGACGUUGUUCUGGGACAGGAGGUAGGUUACAGCAUCCGUUUUGAGGACUGCUCGAGCCCGCGCACGGUGCUCAAGUACAUGACGGACGGUAUGUUGCUACGCGAAGGCAUGAGCGAUCCGAUGCUGGAAGCGUACCAGGUCAUUCUGCUCGACGAGGCUCACGAGCGAACGCUGGCUACCGAUCUGUUGAUGGGCGUCCUGAAAGAGAUGAUCCGCACGAGAAAGGAUUUGAAGUUGGUUGUCAUGUCCGCCACGCUGGAUGCCGGAAAGUUUCAGCAGUACUUCGACAAUGCACCGCUUAUGAAUGUUCCGGGUCGUACGCAUCCAGUGGAAAUCUUUUACACACCUGAACCGGAGCGCGACUACCUGGAGGCGGCCAUACGCACCGUUAUCCAGAUUCACAUGUGCGAAGAAAUCGAGGGCGACAUUCUGAUGUUCUUGACCGGUCAGGAAGAGAUCGAGGAGGCGUGCAAGCGUGUCAAGCGCGAGAUCGACAACCUGGGACCGGACGUGGGUGAGCUGAAGUGCAUUCCGCUCUAUUCCACCCUUCCACCGCCCAUGCAGCAGAAGAUUUUCGAACCGGCACCCCCGAAACGUGCGAACGGUGCGAUCGGUCGAAAGGUCGUGAUAUCGACCAACAUCGCCGAAACGUCACUCACGAUCGAUGGCGUGGUGUUCGUGAUUGAUCCGGGCUUCAGUAAGCAGAAGGUGUACAAUCCGCGCAUUCGGGUGGAAAGUUUGCUCGUGUCCCCGAUUAGCAAGGCUUCGGCGCAGCAGCGUGCCGGACGUGCCGGCCGAACCCGCCCGGGCAAGUGCUUCCGGCUGUACACCGAGAAGGCUUACAAGACGGAAAUGCAAGAUAACACAUAUCCGGAAAUUUUGCGCUCCAACUUGGGCACGGUGGUGCUUCAAUUGAAAAAGCUCGGUAUCGACGAUCUGGUUCACUUUGAUUUUAUGGAUCCACCGGCGCCGGAAACAUUGAUGCGAGCGCUUGAGCUGCUGAACUAUUUAGCCGCCCUCGACGACGACGGAAACCUGACCGAUCUCGGUGCCGUAAUGGCCGAGUUCCCGCUCGAUCCGCAGCUGGCCAAGAUGCUUAUCGCGAGUUGCCAGCACAAUUGCUCGAAUGAAAUUCUCUCCAUCACCGCAAUGUUGUCGGUUCCCCAGUGCUUCAUGCGCCCGAAUGAUAUGAAAAAGGCAGCUGACGAUGCAAAGAUGCGAUUUGCGCACGUCGAUGGUGAUCAUCUGACGCUGUUGAAUGUUUAUCAUGCGUUUAAGCAAAGCAAUGAAGAUCCCAACUGGUGUUACGACAACUUUAUCAACUUCCGAUCGCUCAAAUCGGCCGACAACGUGAGACAACAGCUGGCCCGCAUCAUGGACCGCUUCCAGCUGCAGCGCACGAGUACCGAGUUUACGUCGCGGGAAUAUUACUUUAACAUCCGCAAAGCACUGGUACAAGGAUUCUUUAUGCAGGUUGCUCAUUUGGAACGCACGAAGCACUAUCAAACGAUAAAGGACAACCAGGUGGUGCAGCUGCAUCCGUCCACGUGUCUCGAUCACAAGCCCGAGUGGGUCAUCUACAAUGAGUUUGUGCUCACGACGAAAAACUACAUCAGAACAGUAACAGAUGUGAAACCUGAGUGGCUACUGCAGAUAGCACCGCAGUACUACGAUAUGAACAACUUCCCGUUGUGUGAGGCCAAACGCCAGCUGGAGCUGAUACUGGCUCGGAUGGAUUCAAAGCAGUUCCAGCAAGGGUUUUAAAACUGUGCUACGGUGAAAAGCGUGGGCAAUACCUACGCAUCUAGGUAUUAAAACGACUCUGUAUCUAUACCCAUAGAAAGGAACCACGUCCCCAUGCUCCCACUCUCUGCCAUUGCACUUCUCAACAUUCAGACGAUUGAGCGGCUGAAGUAACAGCUAGGAAACAACCUUCGGCUUUCCUUUCCCCCGGGUUAGGCUUGGUAUGAUCAUAUGGCUGAUAAAAACAAACAAAUACAACAAAUAACAGUAAA